AUGAAGACUUCCGCUCUCUACCUGUCCACGAUCCUUGCAACGCUGGACGCGACGCUUGUCCGCGCUGCCGAGUGCACGACGGACGAACUGACCACCAUCUCGAGCAUCUACAGCUCGGCGAUGACGGAGGAUCCGGCUUCCUGCCCCGACCUCACGACGACCACGGACAUCACGGCCUCCGACUACUGCACCAACUCGGACUGUCUGCAGUUCAUGACCGACAUGCUCGACGGGUUCCCGGACUGCUCGAGCGGCGGCAUCAACCUGAAGCAAGGCCUUCAAUCGGCUGUCGACUACUGCACGAGCGGGACGACCGACACGUCCGGGAUCUUCACGGACACGUCAGGCAGCUCGGCCUUUGCUACGGACUCGUCGGCAGCGCUCGCGACGGAUUCGACGUCGAGUUCGGCGCUUCCGACUGAAUCGUCGUCUUCCUCCUCCUCUUCGUUGAGAACGGCUGCUCCCUCGACAAGCACGACGACGGGCUCGACCACGAGCGACAAGCUCACUGGGAACACGGUUCCUCCUGCUACGGGGUCGUCGGCAGCAUCGACGAUUGGAGUGGCGAUCCCCGCUGCUGUGGUGGCGUUUGUCCUUGCUGCUGCUCUUUAA